UGCGGUAUGUGGUGAUAACGCUAUAUGAUUUAUUUGUUUAUUGUGCCUCGUUAAAUUUUAAAUUAUUGUUGAAUGUAAUCCACUGUUCUACAUCAUGCUCUCAACAUUAAACUAAUUACUAAUAUAUUAAUAAUAGUACAAUAAAUUAACAAUAAAAACUAAAAUAGCCUAAUGCAACCCACGGUAGUGUUUUAAUCUUUCUAGCUGCAAGGACCAAAAUUAAAAAGAGAUUCUUCGUCCAUUAUCUAAGAACGUUGUAAUCAGUAGUAUCGGUGAAAUUCACUACUGUUAUCAUCCGGCACGUCGGCCAUGCGAACCACGAGGACGAGAAAUGAGGAUAAUGAAUUAGUGUAUUAUCAUCCGAUAAACAUUUCGCUGUUUCCCAUUGACCACUAAUUAAGUCGUCUGACUGUGGUCAAAAUCGCAACACUUCCGUGCCAUCCCGUAUCGUUCCCCAAUCAUUCCGUUUAGCACCUAUCCUGCGGUGCCUGUUCGUUGUUUCCAUUUACGUAAGUCUACGUAAACAACUUAUUUUCGUCAUGUCUGUAUUUAUGUUGAACGAGGACACGAAUUUCGAACAUGUUAUUGGCGUGCUAUUUAAUAACUGGACUGCUCUCAAAUUAGCCGUUGAACAUGGUAUGGGUGGUUCGUCCGAAGUGAUGCAGUUUAAAAUAAGUGACUUAAUACAGAAUAUUCACGAAUGCCUCCACAAAUCUGGUGAUAAUAUGUGUUGGACAAUUAUAUCAGAUAUUAUUGAAGAUGUUAUGGAUGUUGGAUUUGAUGUUGUACUUGAAGAUGCUUCUGCUGAUGACUUAAGUAAACAUAUAUGUAAGCUUUAUUGUGAUUGGAAUCAGUCAGUAGAAGGCCGAAAAAAAGUCAUUGAUGAACUUAAAAAUUUACCUGUAUUAAUUCCAAUACAAGUUGUUCCAGUUAGACCUAUACGUGAAAAACAAAAAAUGGAUAAUUCAUCUAGUGAAGAGUCUGAACCUUCCUGUGAUGAUGGAUGGACAGUGGUAAAACACAAAUAAAACUUCUGUUAACCUUUUUUACUUUUUAAGUUUGUAAAACAAUUUAUCAAUUUAUCCAAUAGUUAAUCAUCCUAGUUUUGUUGUGCUA